AUGUCGUACAAUUGGAACGAACAGAAAUAUCCUCAACCAGGACCUCCUCCUGAAACUAAUAAGAUGAACAAGGAUUCAUCGAGUAACGUGAAUCAUGGAACUUCUGGCUCAGUCACUGAAGGCUCAAACAAUGCUACUAUUUCGAAUAUGGAUAAACCAAGUCAUGUAACUUUACCUUCAUUAGCAAAUUUGAAUAAUAACGAUUCUACUGCAGGAAAUAAUAAUGUACAACUAGCGAGUCAUGAUGGUCAGAAUACAAAUAAUAAUAAUAAUGCUAGUCCAUCUGUAACGCAUUCAGUUACUUCCACCCAUGAUCAAAUGAAUCCUGUAUCGAUCAUGAAUCCAAGUAAUAGUACAGAUUAUGGUAACGCUUCCACUACUGUUGCUACUGCAGCUAGUAGUGCUCCUAAGGUUAGAUCUGAGAGACAACAUUCUGGGUUUUCUUUGGCAAGUUUCGAUAACCCUUUACCACCUGCUGAAGAAAAAAGAAAUUCAAUUGCAAGCAUCACUACACCAAACACUGCUGUCCCUAGUGCAUCUCCAAAAAUGACUGGUUCUACUGCAACAUCUACCCAUAUGGUUAACAAUCAACCUGCUAUAUCGACACCUGUGGUUGCUCCAGCAGUAACAGCAGCUGCACCAGUGAUCUCAGAACCAGCAAAAGUCGAACCUCCCGCUGCCCUUGUUUCUGCAACUGCAUCAUCUUCUGUUGCUAGCCAACCACAGGGCUCAAUUUAUAGGCCAUUGAACGUGAAGGAUGCACUAUCUUAUCUGGAACAAGUGAAAGGCCAAUUCAUCUCCAGACCUGAUGUGUACAACCACUUCUUGGAUAUAAUGAAAGAUUUCAAGUCUCAGGAUAUUGAUACUCCGGGUGUAAUCGAAAGAGUCUCCACGUUGUUUAAAGGUUUUCCAGCUUUAAUUCAAGGCUUUAAUACAUUCUUGCCAGAUGGUUUUAGAAUUGAAUGUUCAGAUAAUCCAGAUGAACCAAUAAGAGUCACUACCCCAACUGGUACUUCCACAUUACAUGACAUUUCAGGUUCGAAAAUAGAAUUAAAUAAUGGUCCUUACAACGAACAACAACAGCAACAACCAAUAGGUUCGCAAAUAGAGCAACAAACGGAGCAGCAGCAGCAGCAGCAAGUACCUUCUCAAAUUCCACAAUAUCCUCAGAUGAACCAAAUUCAGAAUCAACCACUUCCACAGGGUAUUCUGAAUCCGGAAAUGUCUUCUGUUGAGGGUCAAAAUAAGAAGCCUGCAGAUGUCGAAUUAACGCAAGCUAUCAGUUAUGUCAAUAAAAUCAAAGAUAGGUUCGCAGAUCAGCCUGAUAUCUAUAAGAACUUUCUAGAGAUCCUCCAAACUUAUCAAAGGGAUCAAAAACCAAUAAAUGAGGUAUAUGCUCAAGUAACUGUAUUAUUUCAAAAUGCACCAGAUUUGUUAGAUGAUUUCAAGAAAUUUUUACCUGAUUCAUCUAUGUCGGAACAACAACAACAACAGCAACAACAAGAACAACUGAAUCAACUACAACAACAGAGAUAUGUAUAUAAUGAUGCUAAUGGCUAUUAUCAGACAGGAUCUAGCAUGGCUAACUCCCAACAAAAUCUACCGCCAAUUGGUAGUUUUUCGCCGCCAAAUAAUGGUGUUCCGUUUCAUGAAGAUUAUAAUGAACAGGCAAGACCUCAAAUGGUAGGUCUUCCUUCAAUGAUACAACAUGAACAGACUAUAGAUAUGACCCAGAAUCAACAACAACAACAACAACAACAACAACAACAACAACAACAUGGUGCACCACCACCAAUCUCUAAUGAAAAUAUUCCAAUAUCAAAUAUGAGAUCAGGUACUGUCAUGGAACAAUAUCCACAAAAUGAAGUUGUAGUAAUGCAACAAUUGCCUCAACCAAUGAGUCAACCAAUGGCAGAAGAGCAGUAUGGUGAGGUACCAAUUAGGCCUGAGAUUGAUUUGGAUCCUAGUAUUGUUCCUGUAGUUCCUGAACCUACUGAACCAAUUGAAAAUAAUUUAACUCUUGUUGAAGAAACUAGUUUCUUUGAUAAGGUUAAGAAAGUGGUGGGAAACAAACAAAUAUAUACAGAAUUUUUAAAAAUUUUAAACCUUUUCUCUCAGGAUUUAUUAGAGGUAAAUGAACUGGUUGAAAAAGUUGAUUAUUAUAUUGGAUCACAUAAGGAUCUGAUGGAUUGGUUUAAAAACUUUGUUGGAUACAAGGAUCAACCAAAUAUUAUUGAGAAUAUUGUUCAUGAAAAGCACCGUCUUGAUUUAGAUGUUUGUGAGGCAUGCGGUCCCAGUUAUAAGAAAUUACCAAAGAGUGAUACAUUUAUGCCAUGUUCCGGUAGAGAUGAUAUGUGCUGGGAAGUUCUUAAUGAUGAGUGGGUAGGUCACCCAGUAUGGGCUUCUGAAGAUUCUGGUUUUAUUGCCCAUCGUAAGAAUCAAUACGAAGAAACAUUAUUUAAAGCUGAAGAAGAAAGGCACGAAUAUGACUUUUACAUAGAAUCUAAUUUGAGGACCAUUCAGACCUUGGAAACUAUUGCAAACAAGAUAUCAAAUAUGACUGAAGAUGAGAAACAAGCUUUCAAGUUACCACCUGGUUUAGGUCACAAUUCAUUGACUAUCUACAAAAAGGUUAUUCGUAAGGUUUAUGAUAAAGAGAGGGGGUUUGAAGUGAUUGAUGCAUUACAUGAACACCCAGCUAUUGCUGUUCCUGUUAUCUUGAAAAGAUUAAAACAAAAGGAUGAAGAAUGGAGAAGAGCCCAACGUGAAUGGAAUAAAGUAUGGAGGGAACUUGAACAAAAGGUUUAUUUCAAAUCUUUAGAUCAUUUAGGAUUGACAUUCAAGCAAGCCGAUAAAAAAUUGCUCACCACUAAACAAUUGAUUUCCGAAAUUAGUAGUAUCAAGGUCGACCAAAAUAGCAAAAGAAUGCAUUGGUUAACACCUAAACCAAAGAGCCAGCUCGAUUUCAAUAUUACAGAUUUUGAAAUUAUAUUUGACAUUAUGAAACUCUCCUUCGUUUCAAUUGAUAACGUAUCAAACUAUUCCAACCCCGACAAAGAGAGAUUAAAAGACUUUUUACGCGUUUUAAUAAGCGUAUUCUUCUCUAUUCCAUUAGGGAAAAUUGAUGAUGCGUUGACAAAAAGAGGUUUAGAUUUAGGUGACAUUGCAGAUGAAGAAGUCGAUUUAGGAAAAGAUGCAGAUGAAGGUGACGGAAAUAAGAAGAGAAAGAUAUCAGCUGACAUUGAAUUUACUCUGAAUGAUAUUUUGCGUAGAGAUAAAUACCAGAAAUUGAAGCACCCUAUUAACGAUGGUGAGUCUAAUGAACAAGACUCAGAGAUGGCUGCUGAAGACUCCAGGUUAGAAAAAGAAGCUGAAUUUAUCAGAAAGGAUGCUAGAAAACCAUGGUUAUUGGGAGAUAUAGUGGAUAAGGCAAACGCAAACGGCAUUAUCUCCAAUAGAGUUAAAUUUAAUUUGUUUGGUAAUACAUAUGUCUACAUUUUUAUUCGUUAUUUGAUUACGCUCUACGAUAGAUUGUUAGAGGUUAAGAAUAUGAAUGAGGCUGUUACAAAAGAAAUAAAUAGCAGGAAAAUUGUUCAAUUUGCAAAGGACUUAUGUCUGAUAUCAACACAACUUAAGGAUAUGGGUCUUGACUUCGCUGGGAAGGAUAGCUAUCAAGAAAUUCUUCACCUUGGUGAGCGGUUAAUUCUUGGUGAUAUCGAGCAUCAGUGGUUUGAAGAAAGCUUACGUCAAGCAUUCAAUAACAAGGCAUUCAAGUUAUACACUAUUGAUAAGGUUACUCAGGCUAUUGUAAAGCACGCACACACUCUGAUGUCAGAUAACAAAACAAGUGAGAUACUUAAGUUAUUUGAGAGAGAUAGAAUUGCAUCAUCUACAAGUACAAAGGAUCAAAUAAUGUAUCGUCUACAAACUCGUUCUCACAUGACCAAUACAGAAAAUAUGUUCCGUAUCCAAUAUGAUGGGGAAGCAAAACAUAUCUGUAUCCAAUACAUUGCUCUAGAUGAUUUAACACUAAAGGAUUCUACCACAGACGAUGCAAAAUGGAAAUAUUACAUUACAUCAUAUUCAUUGCCUCAUCCAACUGAAGGAAUUGACCAAGAUCAACUGAAGGUUCCAUUCCUAGAGAGAAUUCUAGAAUUUGAACAAAACGAGUUUGGUACUGAAGAUAGUGGAGCAGAUAAUUCAGAAAAUUCUUCUUCCAUGGGUAAAUAUGCACCAAACGGUGUAUCCAGUUCAACAUUAAAAAUUAAUAUUGCUCCUGCUACUUACUCUUUGAACAUUGAAGAAGGUUCGAUUGAUAUCUUCUCCAGAAAAUCCAUCAAUACCUUCCCAACAAAGAAUUCCAAGGUGCAACACGGAAAAUCAGAGCUAUUGGUAAACAAGUUUUUAGAUAAGACAGCUGUCUUUAAGAAACCACAGAGCCCAGAACAAGCAACUGUCAUAAAAAAAGAUGAAAAUCAGCCAGUAAUCAACCCUACUGAAGGUUCUGCUGUCUUAAAAACGGUUGACGCAAAUACUACGAAUCCUAUCGAAAAUUCUACAGCUACCUUUCAAUCUGUUGUCCUUAACGAACCCCCAAAUAAUGAAAAAGAAAACGAAAAUAGUGAAACAGAUAAACAACCUGAGAAUUACAAAGUAAAAUCAAACGACUUGUCUGUUGCAGAUCCAUCAGCGACUUACUCUUCUGUCUAA